GCCGCACAAAUCUUGAGCUGGAAAUACGAAAAUGUGCCAUACAAAACCACCGAAAAAAAUCACAAAAAUAUUGUUCUUCAUGGUAGACAGUCUACUCGUCAACCUUAAGUCUGACCUUAAGUCUGACGCGUUGUUAUACUCUCCUAUGGUAGACUUAAGAUCUCAGCCUCUCAGGGCAUGGUGACCUUUCUGCCAAAUCAAUUUGUCGUCGCUUAAAUUGUCUGACACGGGUAUUUUGCUUUUUUUGGCGAUGAGAUUUUUUUGAAACGGUAAAUUGAAAGUUGAAAUUGGGGGACACGGUGAACUCGUGAGGAAGAGAUACAAGAUGGACCGGCCAUCGGAAAAUCUGGAUGACGACGACAUGGAGGAAGAAGAGUUUAACCUCUUUGUUGGGACGCGCAGAUCAAUCAGUGCCCUUCGCAUCAGCAGCUCAACGUCUGAUGGGUUCUUUUCGGACACUUUUGAUGAACAAAACGAAGUUGAGAACGGACUUUUGGCAAUUUAUCAAGCAUUCGCAGAGAAACCAGGGAGUUCUAGAUGCAAACAAAUACCAAUUUUAUUGAGGGAAAAACACACCACAUUUCUUCGAAGAGGUUUAAAACGGUUGUCUGACGCAUACGAGGCCCUAGAUGCUAGUCGACCCUGGCUAUGUUACUGGAUUCUGCAUUCUAUGAAUCUACUUUCGAUCAAAGUGUCAAAAGAAGAAGCGUUAAAUAUAAGUCAGUUUUUAAGUACGUGCCAGGACAACCACUAUGGUGGUUUCGGUGGGGGUCCGGGUCAACUUUCUCAUUUAGCUGCUACAUAUGCCGCCAUAAAUGCACUGGUCUCUCUUGACAUUCCUGAAGCACUGUCCAUCGUCGAUAGGCCGUCCCUACUACGGUUUCUUAAGUCGAUGAAAAGAAAAGAUGGUUCUUUUCAAAUGCAUAGAGGAGGAGAAAUAGAUGUUCGAGCAGUUUACUGUGCAGUUGUUGUUGCUAGCCUUACUAAUUUGUGUUCUGAAGAGGAUCUAUUUGUGGGAACAUCAGAAUGGAUUGUUAGAUGUCAAACUUAUGAAGGGGGAUUUGCUGGAUUCAUUGGGGGAGAGGCACAUGGUGGGUACACAUUUUGCGCUGCAGCAGCCCUAGUCCUACUCAAGGGAGAUAACUUAAUGGAUCGCAAUUCCCUCCUCAGAUGGCUUGUUGGACGACAACUUUCAUUGGAAGGAGGUUUUCAGGGUCGAACAAACAAGUUGGUGGAUGGUUGUUACUCAUUUUGGCAAGGAGCUUGUUUCUGUCUGCUGGGUGAAAAUUAUGUUGGACAUAACACAAAAGAAGGGCCCCACUGGUUAUUUGAUCAGUUAUCUCUUCAAGAAUAUAUUUUAAUUUGUUGUCAACAUCCUGCGGGUGGGCUGAUAGAUAAACCUGGAAAACCCAGGGAUUAUUAUCACACUUGCUACACACUUAGCGGUCUAGCAAUAUCCCAACAUGCGCCAGGAUAUUCUAAAGUGUUUUUGGAAAAUAAGCAAAACGAACUCAAACAAAUUAGCCAUGUUUACAACCUCACCAAGGAUGUUGUCGAACAUUCUCGAGCCUAUUUUUAUGGAUCCGACGACGAUUCCUCGUCUGCACAGAUUGCAGAAAUUGUAGAAGUCGAAGCAACAAAAACGUAAGAAAAACUGUCCCUUCUGACAUCCUUCCAAACGUCCAGGGCGACCCGACCUACGUAAUUUGAAAACCUACGAAAAUUGUGAUAUUAUUAAUCCAAUAUCCGAAGGGAACCAGUCAGUUUUACAGAAUUUUAUCAAGUCAUGUUUUCAUCUUAUAAUAACGAGAAGAACUUGAAGCUUUUAUAAUUGUCAUAUAUAUAUGAAUUAAUAUUAUUCCUGUGAUUCAAAACAUAUUAAGUUAUCCUUGUUCUGUUGUAUUAUGGAAAUGCAGAUAACAUCUAUGUCUGAUUACGCAUUAAAAUAAAAGCAAAGAUAUUCCGAUCCAAGUGCAUUAAA